AUGAUUUUAGCAGAUCUUCAAGGUCAUUUAGCUUUAGUUGAAUUGUUAGUACAGAACAAGGCAGAUUUGAGUCUUGCUGAUGAGUCCCAAAAUACAGCUUUACACUAUGCAUGUAUGAAUGACCAUGAAGAUCUUGCACUGUUAAUUCUAGAUAAGAUAGAUGACCAAAAUGUAAUAAAUAAAGCUAAUCAGGAUAUGAAAACUGCCCUUCAUAUAGCAGCUAAACAAGGAUUAACACCUGUAGUACAAGAUUUAAUUGCUAAAGGAGCCAGUCUGACAGCUGUAGAUAAUAAAGGCUAUUCUCCGGCUCUGUCCUGUGCUCCGAAUGAUCGUGUAGCCGACUGUCUCGCCAUUAUUUUAGCUCAUAUGUCCUUUGCUCCAUCUAUGUCUAGUACGUUCAUUCGAUCGAGAAACGAGAAUACGUCGGGAUUUGAUUGUUUAGUGCUGAUGGAUCAGGUUUUCCAAAAGAAAUCUCUGGGUAGUAAAAAGACUGGUGAAUGCCAGCAUGCAGACUAA